UUACUGGAUUCAAUAUUUCGCUUAAGAUGACGCUAUUUGAGAUGAGCGGUCAGGUUCUGGAGCGCGCUGUGGAGAAGUUGAGUCUGACGUCACUGGUGCUCGCUACAUCGGUGUUCACGCUCACUGUGGGAUAUUUGGGCAAAGUGAUGUUUAAACACCAGCACACGGGACACGCAAAACAUCCUCCUCGUAUUCCGUCCAGUGUUCCUUUUCUGGGUCACGCUGUGGCUUUUGGUCGGAGUCCUAUCGCGUUUUUGGAGCAGGCCUACGAGAAGUACGGUCCUGUGGUCAGCUUCACCAUGCUUGGAAAAACCUUCACGUAUCUGCUGGGGAGCGACGCCGCCGCGCUGAUGUUCAACAGCAAGAAUGAAGAUCUGAACGCCGAGGACGUGUACGCGCGCCUCACCACACCUGUGUUCGGCAAGGGCGUCGCCUACGACGUGCCCAAUCCUCUGUUCCUGGAGCAGAAGAAAAUGUUAAAGACUGGACUGAACAUCGCUCAUUUCAAGAAGCAUGUGGAAAUAAUCGAAGAAGAAACUCACGAGUAUUUCAAGCGAUGGGGACGCAGUGGAGAGAGAAAUCUGUUCGAGGCUUUAUCCGAACUCAUCAUCCUGACGGCCAGCCGCUGCCUGCACGGCCCUGAGAUCCGCAGCAUGCUGGACGAGAGAGUCGCGCAGCUCUACGCGGAUCUGGACGGAGGAUUCACACAUGCCGCCUGGCUGCUGCCCGGCUGGCUGCCUCUGCCCAGCUUCAGACGGAGGGAUCAAGCGCACGUGGAGAUCAAGAAGAUCUUUUAUAAAGUCAUCAAGAAGCGCAGAGAAGCUCAAGAGAAAGACGACGACAUGCUGCAGACGCUCGUAGACGCCACAUACAAAGAUGGACGUCCUCUCAGUGAUGAUGAGAUCGCAGGGAUGUUGAUCGGUCUGUUGUUGGCGGGACAGCACACAUCUUCCACCACCAGCGCGUGGAUGGGGUUCUUCCUCGCUCGGGACAGAGCGCUGCAGAGACGCUGUUGCAACGAACAGAAAACCAUCUGUGGAGAAGAUCUGCCACCUCUCGACUAUGAUCAGCUGAAAGAUUUGAGUUUGUUGGAUCGCUGUCUGAAGGAAACGCUCCGGCUACGACCUCCUAUCAUGACUAUGAUGAGAAUGGCCAAAACCCCACAGACUGUAGGUGAAUACACCAUUCCUCCAGGACAUCAGGUGUGUGUGUCUCCGACAGUCAACCAUCGUCUUCACGACACCUGGUCAGAUCGUCUGGAGUUUAAUCCUGACCGUUAUCUCAACGAUAACCCCGCGGCUGGAGAGAAGUUCGCUUAUAUUCCUUUUGGAGCCGGGCGUCAUCGCUGCAUCGGGGAAAACUUCGCUUACGUUCAGAUUAAAACCAUCUGGUCGACUUUACUGAGACUGUUUGACUUUGAGCUGGUGGACGGACGCUUUCCUGCAGUCAACUACACAACCAUGAUACACACGCCAGACAAUCCCAUCAUCAGAUACACACUCAGAAACACACAAACACAACAACAUUAACUUCUGAAAAAUAUUCACAUGAUUCUCUUUUGUGUCACGGACUGUGACGAAAAUCUGGAACGUAUGAACAAAAGAUCUAAAAGGUCUAAAUGAAUGACAUAUGUUUGGUCUGCCCCAACUACUAAAACACUGAUAGGUUAAAUGUAAAAGAAAAGCGUGAUUAUCAGAUCUGUGUUCAGAAAAUGAAUCAAUAUGAAAUGUGUUUC